GUACGAAUGUUAAAAUGAGGUCCAAUGGAGGGUUCUGAAAGAGAGAAGAGGCAAGAAGAUGAGAGAUGAGGAUCUUUGAUAAAGAAUAUCCCACUGUGCUGAAAUGAACAAUGUCUGCUCCGUGUAUCGAAAUUAGAUAUGAGCAAAUUGCAUAAACAAGGCUCCAGUUCCUCGAGAUCGAUCUUAUGACUGAUUUAUCUGUCACUGUGACAUCCUCGAGCUCCCUACGUAAAAAUAGCAAUUUUGAUUAUGUAAUUUUACCACAUAAUCAGUCCCGGGUCAGAUUUGGUACAGAUAGAAACUAUGGAAUUUAUUUUGAUGUCAAAGCAAAGGACAGAAAAUAUGAUAUAAAAUCCCAUUAAUUUCAUUUGAGUUGGCUAAAUAUAAAUAUACAACAGUAGGGCUCGUGUUUACUUUUAUUUAUUUAUUAUUUUUAAUUGUCCCAGAACAUCCAUUUGUGCUGUAGUGUUCUUGGCAAUAUAUCAACAUGAAUUCACUUGGCCUACAUGUAUAGGUACAUUUUAAGAGGUGUAAGAUGUAGUUAUUAAUGGAUAUUGUACCAGUCUGUGCUAUAUCAAUGAGGCCGUGGCUUGUAUACUAGCUAGGUCUAUAUAUAUACAGUGUGUAUUUAUGUUCAUUGAGAUGACCAAACAUUGCUACAGUGUACAUAUGGCCACUGGUUCAGCAACUGAAGGGUGAUUCAUCUACUGUGAGUUAUCACCAGACAUCUAAAACAACUUGGAUAUUGACAUGAUUAUGACAGAAGCUUAAUAAGGAAGCAGCAUUGAUGUUAUAAAAUUAUUGGCAACACAAAAAACCAAGUACCUAUGUAAUUAGGUUACAUGUAACAGCUUAAUGCAUGCUUAUAAAGGGAAUACUGUAUGUACUAGACAUGUACUGCAGCAUUAGUCUGGUGAAAUAUACUAUGCCUGUAGGUGGUUGUUUACAUUGUUAAGAUGUGAACUGGCCUGGUUUAUUACACUCAUGCAUAGUGUGAUAAGUAAAUAGUUGAUAGACUGCUUCAUGUGAACAUGAAUGGAUCAUCAUACAAGAAGACUUAUUCUGUGAUGUUGAACAUGAUAACACCAGUGUUUCCAAUAUGACAACAGGAUCUACCAAUCGAAAAGGCAUGCUGAAAUUUUAUUUAGUUAUAGCCUUAGUGGUACACUUAUCACUUGAAGAACUUGUCCCAGAUAUUCCACUAUCAGGAUUUAAUUGUGAUCAUCAGCCAGCAUCUCGGGAUGAGGUUGUCCUGGAUGUAAACCUGGAUUCAGAGCCACACCACAUUGUUCGCAAGCGGAGUCCUGACCAGCCUCUGAGGAUCCACCUCCACUAUGACAACAGUAUCAGCUUCUUACCAGCCUCCCAUCGCUCCCUCAUUGAGACCUUGGUAAGAGAAGCAGUUGAUUACUGGGAGCGAACUUUGUCUGUACGACGUACCAUUGGCUCCAUCAGACUCAACAGGCAGUGUCAGUCCGACGAGGUGAGAUACAGAGACAUAGACAAAGGGCGUUACUGUGUGGAUGGAUGUGCUGCCCUUACCAAGUGUGGUGAUAUCUUUAUACCCUUGGAGCACCUUGAGAGGUGUUACCUGUGGGACAGCAGGUUUAACAUCUGGAGGAGCACAUCUGAUGCAGGUCCGGGUGUCAACAACACCGACUUCAUCCUCUAUGUCGCUGCACUCUCCACACCACGAUGUCGCAAGGCACGAACCAUCGCCUACGCGGCACACUGCCAACAGGAGGCUGCUCUGGAUCGACCAGUAGCUGGCUACUUCAGUAUAUGUCCAGAAUCCAUUUCCAUUGAAAAACAAGACCAUCUUCAACUUCUGUCAACACUUAAACAUGAAAUUCUCCAUGCAUUGGGUUUUACGGCUGGCCUGUAUGCCUUUUACUACGACAGAAAUGGUAAUCCACUGACUACUCGAAACUCUAUAUCAGGCAAACCAUGGUACAACCCACAACUGAGUCUGUACCAGUGGAGUGACAAAGUGGUGAAGACAUUUAAACGGCAGAAUUGGAAAAAUCGCAGUGGUUACACGUCAAAGUCCGUCAACAUGAUAAUCACUCCGCGUGUGGUGGAGGAGGUACGUCGUCACUUUAAUUGUUCCACCUUAGAAGGAGCCGAGUUGGAGGACCAAGGAAUUGUGGGUACAGCUCUCACUCAUUGGGAAAAGAGAAUCUUUGAGAAUGAGGCUAUGACGGGAACAUACACACAGAACCCGGUGAUUUCCCGUGUGACCUUGGCUUUGAUGGAGGACACUGGAUGGUACAGUGUGGAUUACAGCAGUGCAGAGGAGUUGGAAUGGGGCAAAAAUCUUGGCUGUGACUUUGUCAAGAGGAGUUGUCUGGAUUGGAUCGUCCUCAACAGAGCCAAACGCGGCGACAUUCACCCGUUCUGUGAUGAGGUGCGGCGAGGGGUACUGAAGACUGACUGUACCAGGAACAGAGACUCAGUGGCAUUCUGUAACCUGGUGGAGUACAACAGCAGUUUACCACAACAAUACCAGUACUUCAACACCCUUGAAGGUAUACCGGCCUACGCAGUGGGGAAUUAUGGAGGUUCUGUAUCAUUGGCUGACUAUUGUCCAUACCUACAGGAGUUUGCCUGGCGAAGUGGUGAGGUAACAGUGAGAGACUCCAGGUGUUCUUUGGUAGAAAACAAUCCAGACCCAACCAUCAGCUUCUUUGGGGAGACGUACGGCUAUGAUAGCAAGUGUUUCAACCAUGAUCGACUGUGGAAACUCCAACAGUGUUCCAGUCUACUGAGUCUUCCACACUGGGGGAGUGGCUGUUACCAGUAUCACUGCAGUAGACAAACUGGACUAGUACUGAACAUUGGUGGUCAGUCUCACCGCUGUGUCAAGGAAGGUCAGAGGGUAUCGGUCACCUACACGUCAAACCAUUACCUACACUCAGGGUCAGUCAUCUGUCCCUCCUGUACAGAAAUGUGUCGGAAGUCUGGUAUUACAUGUCCACCAGAGGAGCAGCCGUACAAUGUGAUCCGCUCCAACAGUCAGCUGGCUGUCCCCUGCAGUGCCAAGGCACCAUUCCACAGUCCAUCCUCCGAGAUCGCCGCCAUGUCGAUCAUCUCCAAUAUCCUCUGUUUUAUCCUCAACAGCCUCUAUCGGAGAUAACAAAAAUUUACCACUAGGCAUUUAUCAAAUUUUCAUACAUUUCUAUACAACUUUUUCGAUCGUAUUACCAUGUAUAACACCCACAAUAUUUUAUAAUGAUUUUUUUGGAACAUUUGAUGUACUUUUUCAUACAAAUCCCAACAGUUGAGGUAGGUGUAUAUGAGCAGGAGUAUUUCAGUCACCAGUAAAUCUUGUUAGUUCAAUAAGUGUUUCAUCAGAUCAGAUACCUUUGCUUUUAUCUCUGAAAAAGGUACAUUAUGUUUUAAAAUAUUCUCUUGUAAAAUUAUGAUUUUGUGCAACAAUAUAUAUUUACUGAUGUUUUUGAUGGAAACAAUUUUCUAUUGUUUAAUGAUUUCAGUUGACCAUGAUGAUGAAAAGAAAAGAGAAAGAAUUACAUGGUUCAUGCUAGAUAUGAGUUAGUUAAAAUGGUAUGACUAGAUUUUAUCACUAGAUAAAAUGGUAUGACUAGAUUUUAUCACUAGUUAAAAUGGUAUGACUGGAUUUUAAAGUGAUAUCCAUAAAGCGAGUGAUAUACAUAUAUAAGUUUGGCUAAGGGCAAUUGUGCAAGAUUGGUUUCUGUGGUUUUCUAAGUAUGCUUUUUGUUUUUAAUUAUGUGGUUGUAUGUUUUAUAUUUUUUAAUUGUUUAGGAUUUGAUCAUUAUUGAGAAGCACAACAAGAAUUUGGUGUAUCAAAAGUAUACCUGGUUUAUAAAGGAUGAUAUAUAAGUAAUGUAUUAAUGUACUAAUUUUUUAGUGCUAUUUUAUAUUUGCAAAUCUGCCAUUAGUAGAAUUCGGUACAGAUUGUACACAAUAUUUGAAAGUCAAGUCUUCAUUAAAAAAAUUAAAACUGUUCAUCAUGUGCAUUUUUUUUAUGUCAUAUAUAUAUAUAUGUUAGAAAUUUGUUAACUUCUACAAAAGGGCUUUUCAAUACACAAUAUUUUUUAACAUUGAAUUUAUACUGUGCAUUACACUAAGGUGUUAUUAUUUUAUACCAGUUUACAUACUAGUAACGUGAGGAAAUCGAGUUACAUACAUGUAGAUGUGUUUUACUUUUGUCAGCCAAGUAUUAUAUUGUUAAAAGUUUUCAAAGGUGUGCAAAACAUAAGUGAAAGAAUAUUAAGAUGAUUUUUAUAAACUACAAGGUAUUUACCAGAAGAAAUUUAUGAACAGAAAAAAACUGGAGUACAGUAAUAUGAGAUGUUACAAUGUGCUGGAACAACAUUUCCCCGUAUUGUUGUUUUUGGUGCUGAUUUGCUUUUAAUAUGUAUUAAUAUAAUUAAAUGUCAACCGUUUUUAUUGCAAUGCAGAAGAAAAAUUAUGCAGUAAAUUUCAUGUGAAAACUGUAUAUACCCUGUUAAGAUUUUUUCAUAAGUCCAGUCCCACACAGGACAUAACUUAAAUGUAACUUUGAUGACAUACUCGACAUGCUAACACUUACAGAUCCCAAAUGUAUAUAUUUCAUUAAUGAUUUAUACAAAUUAGGGGGUAUACAUGUAACAUAAACUCCAAUGUAUAUCCCCGAUACAAUCCCAAAUGUAUAUAUUUCAUUAAUGAUAUAUACAAAUUAGAGGGUAUACAUGUAACAUAACCUCCAAUGUGUAUUCCCGAUACAAAGUCUACCCAGAAUUAAACUAUGAAAUAGGCCUCAAGAUACUAUAGGGAUUUCAUCAAGAUGUAAAAAGUAUAAGCAAAUCAUCAUAAACAUUUUUCAUUCAGUAGAGAGCUAAUGUUACAAUGCAUUUAUAUGUUCCAGUAUAUUACGCCGUGUUAAACUGCAUUUAGAUACCUCCAGGCUUUGUUUAUCAUUCCGCUUUGUUUCACAUUUAGUUUUUCAAACUUUUAUAUUUUCCUUGUUUUAUAUUCCAUUAUGUUUGCAACAUUGAUAGAGACAUUACCUAUUUUUACUACAGCUACACAAUUUUCAUAUUUGUAUGCCUGUUACUUGUUUGAAAGAGAAUUGUGUCAUAUGGAAGUCGUUGUUGGUUUGAGUGAAUAUUUGAUUUGAAUCCUGUUUUGUUUAAAUAUCUUGAAUCAAUUUGUUUUUAAAUUAUGACCAUGGUGGCAAUUACGGUACAGGGAUAUAUCAACACUGUAAACAUACAGAUGUUGAUGCCACUGUAAACAUACAGAUGUUGAUGCCACUGUCAACAUACAGAUGUUGAUGCCACUGUUAACAUACAGAUGUUGAUGCCACUGUAAACAUACAGAUGUUGAUGCCACUGUUAACAUACAAAUGUUGAUGUCAUUGAAACACAGAAGCAGCAAUUUAAAUACUGUAUGUAACUAAUCUGUCACUUCAGUUAACAUGUAUAACAAACUAUUUGGUUACAUAUACUGACUCUGGGAAUUUCCCUUGAGCUCAAUAUACCACAAAACUAGAGGGAAUUUCCCUUGACCUCAAUAUACCACAAAACUAGAGGGAAUUUCUCUUGACUUCAAUAUACCAUUCAACCCAAGGGAAUUUCCUUUGAGCUUAUACCACAACUAGAGAUCUGAAGAAUGAAUAGAAAGCUUGUUUGAAUAUGUUAUUUAAAAUGUUUUACUGGGAUAUGUUAUCUAACGAAUGAGGUUUUUUUUAGGAAUUUUAUUUCAAAAUAUCAUAGUUGGAAAGUUGGGAAUCUAAGUACUGUAUCUGUUGAUUAUUUUGCACACUUGAUUGAACAGUUGAACAUCAUAAUUUUACAGUAAAUAUACUGUAAUGUUGAUCUGACUUUAACACAUUUCAUGCUUAGAAUAGUUUACUAAAUUAGAAUUGUCUAAAACUAUUGACAUACAUUCAUUCACUUAAAAUUUGAGUGUGCCAAAUAAAUUUGUAAAAGUAUGGAAAAGAGCAUCAUUAAAGUGAAACAGUAUAUUUUAAAACUCACCAUACUUGACCUUAAAUCUGAAGAGUGUACAUACAUGUACAAUAUGAAAAUCAUGCAAUCUUAUUUCCACGAAAAUGAGUGAUACUGCAUAGUGGUUAGCACUUACAGAAGUCCGUGGUGGUAUACUUUUAGAAUCUCAAUAUUUGAUGCGACCUUUAUGAUGAAAUGACUUGUCUAUAUCCACUCAUGGUCUAUGCAUUUCGUAAGUGUUAUAAUUGAAUACUUUAUAAUUCAAUCUUAAUUUACCGGUAAGAAUAAUCUUUUUCGAAUUGUUUCGGAAAAUAAAAUGUUGCAUGAAGAUGAAGACCUUGUAACACACAUAAAACAUUCUAAUGAAAUAUUCACUAUCUGUUGAUGUUAAAGAUAAUGUUAGUGGUCUUUGAAGACUACUGGUUAUAUUUGAUACUUUGUUUGUUGUGCGUCUCUGUUUUGUAUGAAUGUCUGUUUACAGCAUUAAAAUAUUAUGAAGAAUUAAAA